CGCUCCCGGAGCCCCGCGAUGCUCCGCCGCCGCCUGCCCCUGCUCGGGCCCGGGCUGCUGCUGCUGCAGACGGUGUGUGCUGGCGGUCACGUCCCCAAAACCUUGGGGUACCUGGAGAUGGGCACCUCAGGCCUCCUCAAGGAUGUCCCCUACGGCACCCUGAAGCCCCCAGCGCUGGAGCCCGGGCGGCUGAUCCCGGCAGAGCCCGCCCGGGGCGUGGGGGCACCGGUGGGCACCGGCCGGAGCCCUUGGGACUGGCAGAAGAACCAGACAACCGGGGAGCUGCUGAGCCCCCGCGCCCACCGCAAGCCCACCCUCAAAUCGAGCCGCAGCAAGAAGAUUUUCGGUUGGGGCGACUUCUACUUCAACAUCAAGACGCUCAAGUUCAGCCUCCUGGUGACGGGGAAAAUCGUCGACCACAUCAAUGGCACCUUCAGCGUCUACUUCCGACACAACUCCUCCAGCCUGGGCAACGUCUCCGUCAGCAUCGUGCCCCCCUCCAAGGCGGUGGGUUUCGAGGUGCUGGUGCCCGGCCCCCCAACUCUGCUGCAGCCAGCGCCCCCUCCCCAGCAGAGCACCCUGCCCGAGGGGCGCCCGGCCAAGGGGCUCAACUGCCACGUGGAGUACGAGAAGACGAACCGGGCGCGGAAGAACAAACCGUGUCUGUACGACCCGUCCAAGGUGUGCUUCAGCGAGCACACGCAGAGCCACGCGGCCUGGCUGUGCGCCAAGCCCUUCAAGGUCAUCUGCAUCUUCAUCUCCUUCCUCAGCUUCGACUACAAGCUGGUGCAGAAGGUCUGUCCCGACUACAACUUCCAGCACGACAAUCCCUAUUUCGGCUGAGGGCGCCGUGCUGGGGGGCGGUUGGGGACAUCAUUGGGGUCCCCUGGCACCCCCUCUUCGUCCCUCUGGGCUGGGUUGUGGGACAGAUGGUGCUGGGGGUCCUGGAGCCCACCCGAUGCCAUCCCAUCGCCGGGAUUCACUUGGGUCUGGGGGUUGCAGUUCCCAUCCCCGCAGCAAUGGGGUACAGGCGGUUCUGGGGGUCCCAGCCCCCCCCCGAGACCCCAUCACUGAGUGCCCCACGCUGGGGUGGAGCCGGUGCUGAGGGUCCCAUUCCCCCCCAGUGACAUCCCAUCGCUACAGCACUGGGGUAGGGCUGGUGCUGGGGGUCCUGGACCCCCACACAGAGACCCAUCCCUGGGGUACACCUGAUCCUGGGGGUCCCCUCCUCCCCUGAGACCCAUCAUUGGGGUACACCUGAUCCUGGGGUCCCCUCCUCCCCUGAGACCCAUCAUUGGGGUACACCUGAUCCUGGGGGUCCCCUCCUCCCCCUGAGACCCAUCAUUGGGGUACACCUGAUCCUGGGGUCCCCUCCUCCCCCUGAGACCCAUCAUUGGGGUACACCUGAUCCUGGGGGUCCCCUCCACCUCCUGAGACCCAUUAUUGGGGUACACCUGAUCCUGGGGGUCCCCUCCACCCCCUGAAACCUAUUCCAGGGGUACACCUGAUCCUGGGGGUCCCCUCCACCUCCUGAGACCCAUCAUUGGGGUACACCUGAUCCUGGGGGUCCCCUCCUCCCCUGAGACCCAUCAUUGGGGUACACCUGAUCCUGGGGGUCCCCUCCACCUCCUGAGGCCCAACAUUGGGGUACACCUGAUCCUGGGGGUCCCCUCCUCCCCCUGAGACCCCAUCACAGCAGCCCCCAUUUUGGGGUACACCUGUUUUGGGGGGGUCCCAGCCCCCUGCCCCACUGACACCCCAUCAUUGCAGCACUGCCUGCGCUGGGAAUCCUGGACCCCCACCCACUGAGACCCCCCCAGACCCACUGAGACCCCCCCAGACCCACUGAGACCCCCCCCACCCCCUGGGACCCCCCAUCCCCGAGCCCCCCGAGCCCCCUGGGACCCCCCCACCCACUGAAACUCCAUCCCCCCCCCACCCAUUGGGUGUAACUGGUGCUGGGGUCCCGGCCCCACCCCCUGGGACCCCCCCCCCACUCCCUGAGACCUCCGAGCCCCCCGAGCUCGGGGAUGCGAUUUUUGGGGGGGGGUCCCGGGGGGCCGCCCCCUCCUCUCGGGGAGCGGCUUCUUCAUCUUUUUUUUUUUGUUUGUUUGGUUUUUUUGUAAAGAAAAUGAAAAUGGAAAAAAAAGUGGAAAAUAAAGAAAAGCUGGGAAAACAAA